AUGCCUAGAUUCUCCGUCGGUUUCGGUAGGCGGAAGUCUACCGCCGCCGAAGACGUUUUCCAGAAUGUCGAUGUGGCCUCCAACGAACCAUCGUCAUUCCGAGUGCUCGAAAGAACAGACGUGUCAGCAGGCAAGUCGUUUGACGGUGGUGUGAGGAUGGGCAUGGGCCGGGCGACGACCAGCACGGUUUAUCAGAAGCCAAAUUUGUCGCAGAGCUCCGUCGAGGACAAUAUGUUUGCUGACCUCAAACCAUCGAACCGCUUAAGGGGCAGUGGGUCUUCCAAUACGACCAAAACAGCUUCGACGGACGCAUCGUCGCGCCAUAGCAACGUUUCUACUGCACCCUCUUCAGCCGACUUCGCUCAACAAGGCCAUCACGAAGAAUGGAAAGGCGCAACUAAGAAGUCACAAGGCGACAUGGCUGGCCCAGCUCCUCCCAAGUCCGGCUCACGAGGCUUUCUCGAUCGAGCAGGCCGGACGUUCUCGUUCGGCGGUCAGAAGAAGAACCUGCCCCCCGUCCCUUCCGUCGAUGAUCACCCGCUGCCCGUUCCACCAAACCAGGAGCACGAUGGACUGAGCGGCCGCCCCCGGGGAUUGACUUCAUCCACUUCCAGCACAGCGACCCCUCCCAAAAUACACGAAGACCAAGAUUUUUCUCUUGACAUGGGCAGCGACUUUGGGCAGAUGUUCGACAACAAAUUCAAACGAAACAGUGCCAUGACCCUACGAGCGAUGGCACAAGACGAUGCCCACAAGAUCGCUCAGAGCGGCAACCAUCAUUCCCAGAACCGUGCCAGCCAUUUGGUGCCGGCUCCCAUUCAAAUUGACAAGACGGCCAAGGUCGAGGCUUCGCCUUAUUCUUGGAGCAGUCAACACUCAAACGACAAUCUCCUCAACGCCAACUCCAAUCAGGGCUCUCCCCUCUUCGACCAAGUGCCGCCGCCGGUACCUCGCCAUGAUUCUCCCCACAGCUACGCGCCGACAAAGAGGCCGUCGGACAUCAUCGAGGAUGAGGAUGCCAACCUGCUCAAAGACUCCAUGGCCGCCAGUCGCUUCCUUGGCACCAGUCCCAACUUUGCUGCGCCGUCUUCGCAGCAACCGAGAAACUACAGACAACCGGAAAGCACCUCGAGCUGGAGGAACACUGCACCAGAGAAGAAGGCGGGCGAAGACAACAUGUUCGAGGGAAGCCUGGCACACUCUUCACGUGUCGCCAGUCGCUACGUCUCGAGAGCCCCCAGCCCUCCACGUAAUAAGGUCAUGACGCCCGCUCAAUUCGAAAGGUAUAGGCAAGACAAGGAACGACAGAACAGUGGAGGUCCUGUCAGUAAGUCGCCAGUGGAACAGCAGGACGACGAAGAGGAUAAUUACGAGGACGACGAGGACGAUAUCGAGAAGGCGAAACAGGCCGCGAAGCAGCGCAGGAAGCAAGAGGCUCACAUGACUGUCUACCGGCAACAGAUGAUGAAGGUCACAGGUGAAGCCGCUAACCCCCUGCCUUCGCGCCCCAACAUCAGCACCUCGCUGAGUACGCCAAACCUGGGCAGCCUCGCUCCACCUCCAGGACACACCCCUGGGACCUCUGACGAGGAUGAGGAUGAGGAGGUUCCGCUGGCCAUCCUCGCUGCCCACGGGUUCCCCAGCAAAGCCAGAGCUCCCAGCCGCAUGAGUCACAUGGCAUCGAACCCGGAUAUUCGUGCGUCCAUGAUGCAAAUGCCCCAACAAGGCAGACCAGGCUCUAGCAUGGGCGAUCCUUCUGCCGCCCGCAAGGGAGGUCACCUGCCCGCCUUCGCCAGAAAGCUCCCCCAGGACCCGUUUGUGGGUGCCGGUCUUGUCAAUGGACCACCUCGCGAGUCGAUGAACUUCUCGGGAGGCGCGCCGGCGCCCCAAUCGCCCGGCGCUCUGCCGGCCUGGAGGACUUGUUGGCGUGAUUGCCAGCGAAGAGCGUUCCCGGCGCUAUGCGACGUGGUACCCCGCAUGUGGAUGCGCAACCAUUUCGCCGGAGGCAAGCAGAAGGGAUUCCCUGGAGGCGGGAUUUGA